UGAUCCUAACAUAUUAUGUUAACUGCAUACAGGAGUGUGGUUGUUGCCCAAUGAAGAUGCGUGCAGAUGCUGGAACGGAAAACGUAGAUGUUGCAAGUGUGCAAGCCUUCUUGAGAAAGGGAGGUAAUGAUGCAUUCGCUGGCGAUAAGUCGUUUCAGUAUGGAAGGCCUACAGCCAAUCAGAGAAUCGAGUCUUUCUGGGCUCAGCUCAUGAAGUCAUGGACGAGAUGGUGGAGGAGCUAUUUCGCUGAAAUGGUGGACCAAGGUCACUUGGAUACAGGAAAUAUGCUACACAGGUGGUACAGACAUGCUGCAGGCAGUGAGGGAAGAAGAUUUGCUCUGGGUGCAGCAGCACUUUCCACCUGCUGAUAUUGCCCGCACUGCCAGGGACACAACAAUGGAUGCAUAUUUCCACAUGGUCAUGCAAGUGAACAAUUUUGUGCCCCCAACCACAGUUGCGGAAGCAAGAGCACGAUACGAGCAAUUACUUGCCAUUGCUGAAUAGAGGGUGCGACAUUGUUGAUCUGAUCAACGCGUUCUGAGAUCG